UGACCCAAUUUUUAAAACUUCAUUUUCAUAACUUUUGCCAGCAUACAAUAAAAUAUGUUUUACAUGUAACAAAAUCCGCUCACACUAUAGUAGGGAACCGACCUAAUCCAAUUGUGACCCACUUUUUGGGCGACCCAGGGGCUGAGAAACAUUGUUGUACAGUUUUGGUUUUUUUCCAUUUUGCAAUACUAAUCUUAAACUCUCUCGGUUGUUUUUCGUACGAAGAAGGCAAAACAUAGCAUAGCAAUACUUCCAAAAAUACACAGUUUCCAAUACGGCCAGUCAACCAAAAACUAGUUAAGAAAUGGCUGGGAAAAGUAGGGCCGAUACUAGGGAAACGUUUAAGAAAGGUUUCGACUUUUUAUUCAGCGCUGGCGGUGCUUUUGUGGGAUUAGGGAACUUAUGGAGAUUCCCAUAUCUAUGUUACGAAAACGGGGGCGGGGCGUUUCUAAUACCAUAUUUUAUAUUCGUGGCAAUCAUCGCCUUACCUAUGUUCUUUCUGGAGACUUCUGUUGGUCAAAUUUCAAGAAUAGGUUUGCUCAAAGCAUGGAAUAUGUUCCCACUUCUGAGAGGAAUUGGAUUAGCAAGUGGGGUCAUUCUUUUGUAUUGCAACGUAUACUACCCAGUUAUAAUCGCAUGGGCAUUACGAUAUCUUGUCGCGAGUUUUUACUCUGAACUUGAAUGGACGCAUUGCAACAACGGUUACAAUUCACCAGAUUGCUUUUCUAUACUGAAUACAACGAACGGGACUUUGAAUAGAAAUGCUACUUCUUCAGUUACGCAAUUUUGGGAGUAAGUGUCGACGUCGUAGAAAAGUUGGUUAGCGGGCCUCUAACGUCUAUAUCCGAUGGGUUAUGAGUUCAAAGCUCAUCGCUGCUACCAUUGUAGGCGUGUGUGUCCUUGAGCAAGAUA